AGGCAGGCGGCGGCGGCGGCGGAGCAAGAGGAGGAGGCGUGAGGGACCGGCUUGCAAGCGAGCUAGAGCGUUAGCAGCCAAAGCACGAGCGCCGGCGUACUCCUCCUCCUCUUGCCGAUCCGAGGAGCUCGACCGGCGGGCGCGAUGGCACUGCGGAGUCAGGAGCAAGCGCUGUCGGAGAAGGGGGCCCUGGAAGACGAAGGGGAGGAGGGCGAAGGAGGGGAAGCCGCGGCUGGCGGCGCUGUGGUGGCCAGAGGGGGCCCUCUGGGCGCCGCGGCGCAGGGCUUCACGCCCCCCGAAGGAGGCUUCGGCUGGGUGGUGGUCCUGGCCGCCACCUGGUGCAACGGCUCCAUCUUCGGUAUCCACAACUCCUUCGGGAUGCUCUACGUCUUGCUGCAGGACGACGGGGCCGCCGAAGACCCCUCGCUGAAGUUUAAGACAGCCUGGGUUGGAUCCUUGGGCAUGGGGAUGAUAUUCUUCUGCUCUCCUAUUGUGAGCAUCUUCACCGACAGGAUCGGCUGCAGGACGACGGCUGCCUCGGGAGCAGCCAUCGCCUUCAUAGGGCUCUUCUCCAGCUCCUUCACCAAGUCUCUUGAAGUCCGUUAUUUCACUUACGGAAUCCUCUUCGGCUGUGGCAGCUCCUUUGCCUUCCAGCCAUCUCUGGUCAUCCUUGGUCACUACUUCAAGCGGCGCCUAGGCUUGGCUAAUGGCCUGGUGACGGCUGGCAGCUGCGUCUUCUCCAUGGGCCUUCCCUUCCUCUUGAAGAUUGUUGGAAGGGCCAUUGGGCUGGCCCACACUUUCCAAGUUCUCAGCGCCUUUAUGCUCGUCCAGAUCUUCUUGUCCCUAACUUUCCGCCCCAUGUUCCCUUCGACCUCUGACCCCCACGAUGUGGAGCACGUGAAGCUAGACAGCCGGAGCUGGCGGCAGCAGUGUGCAUCGCAGAUGCGGAAGUAUUUCAGCCUGAGGGUCUUCAGGAAAAAGACCUACCGGAUCUGGGCUUUUGGGAUUGCGACUGCCGUUCUGGGGUACUUUGUACCUUACAUGCAUCUGGUGAAGUACGUGGAAGAGGAGUUCAAGGAAACAGAAAGGGCAUGGAUUCUGCUGCUUUGCAUUGGAGCUACAUCAGGGGUUGGGCGUUUGGCUUCAGGGCCAAUAAGUGAUCUCAUCCAUGGGCCAAAGAAGAUUUACCUACAGGUUGCCUCCUUUAUACUCUUGGGUAUAAUGUGCAUGAUGAUCCCACAGUGCCAAGAGUUUUGGGGGGUCAUUAUUGUCUGCCUUUUCCUUGGACUUUGUGAUGGACUCUUCAUAACCAUUAUGGCUCCCAUUGCUUUUGAGCUGGUUGGGCCCAUGCAGGCAUCUCAAGCCAUUGGUUAUCUCUUGGGACUUAUGGCCAUUCCAAUGACAGCAGGUCCCCCAAUUGCAGGAUAUCUCGGUGAACAUUUUCAGAAUUACCACCUCGCCUUCUAUUUUGCUGGCGUUCCUCCCAUUGUUGGGGGUCUGGUUCUGUCUCUUGUUCCUCUGAUUCAUCAAAGACAGCUCAGGAAGAAGCGGCUGGAUUCUGGGAAAGACAAGAUGCUGGUUUCAGAGACCAUUAUGAAUGGAGAGCUUCUCCCUGGUUCUCCAGCCAUGGAGGCCCACAUGUAAAGCCAUCAUUCAAAUCUCCCAGUGCCCUGGUGCACACACUGUCACCACCAGCAUUCUCUGGCACUGUACCUGAGCCCAGCCCUUCCCGAAGAGGAAUCAAGCUUCUUCGAUUGUAGGCAAGGACUGGUCAAGUAAGGACAAUCCUGAUUGGACAGCUUCACCUUUCAAGUUGAUUCUGUUUGGCUCUCUCCCUUGAGAGAAUUCUUGUAGCGCUAUAACUUGUUUGCCCUGCUAUGAUCGUUGGCACAGCAAUGGAUUACACAUAGGAAGGUGUUAAAAGUUUUUAACAUAGAUUUCCUCAGUCCAGCCCCCUCCUCUCCACCACCAAAAUCCUAAAGCCAUGCUUGGAUAUCUUGCCUUGAAAGUGGAGUUUAAUCUCACUGUGAGAUCCUUUGGGAGUUAAUUUUGUAUCAGCCAAAUUCUCAAAAGUCUGAAACACUCAAGGAGGCUAAAAAAGGUAAAUUCUGAAUCAUGUUUUUUUCUUUUGAUUCUGACUCUGAAAUUGUAAGAAAGCGUACUUGGUUUUUCCUAACAGCCUUUUUCAGAUAACUUUUUUUGCCACCUACUUUACUAAAUACAUCCAUCUGUCAAAAGGAUCCCUCUCUGCUUCCUCCAAUUCAACAGUCCCUGUGGCAGAUAUUGCUUCUCUCAAGGUAUGCAGUCCAGUGUUUUCAGAAUAGUGUUCUCCAACCAUUGCCUGAGUGGGUUCCAUUACAUAGGAAAACAGAUUUAACUCUUGAAAGUGUGGGUGGUGAUGUCCAACUCAAUAAUACUUCCAGUUUGGCAAAAUGUAGUUUAUCUCUCUCCAUUAAUAACUCAUUAUCUUCAAAGCCGCCACCCUUCUGACUUGCAGAUUUCAUACAGGACCAGAUUUAGAAUAAUUCUUUUACUAGAAAUAUUGCAUUUGGGCCUCAAGGAGGACUGUUUCAUAGGAAUUGGUAUGUGCAUUUCUCUCCAAGAUUGUUUCGACUAGAGUAGUUUGAGGUUAAUGAAACCUCCCUCCUCUUUGCACAAGGACUUGAGGCAUUCAUUCCAAUGCAGAAUCUGCAACCCAUGUGUGGAAACAGAUUUUCUGCAUGCAGAAUUGUGUUGGGUGCCCAAGAACCCUCUGCGAGUGGGGCUGGGGGGGGGGGAGGACCAGCAGCUUGUUGCCACAUGUGGGUCUUCACAGGCAUCUCCAUUUGGAAGCAUGAAGAUUGGUCUCCUAGGAACAGACUCUUCUUCCUGUGAACAGCAGCCGACAUGUGCACAGGCUUCUGUUAUACUUGGGAGUUCCCUGGAUCAGGGUAAUCUUUGUGUGGCAAAAGUUGUUCCUUAAUCCCCUUGCAAAGGUAGCUAAUCAUCAUGUUUCUUAUGGUUCGGUCUGGGGUCAUUGUUGUAGAAGCUCCCGAAGGCAGCCAGGCAUUUGCCAAAAUAAAAACUUUGCUUUAACCCCAGCUGAGAUUUUGUGUUGGGUCAUGCACUGAUGUCUUUCUGCUUACUCACCUUUGACUUCUCCAUCCAGUGUCACCUACCUCCUGGGAAAGGUCUGUUCGGGUGUUCAUAUGUGGGGGUUCAGUUCCAAGGGUUCUGUGUAUACAUGAAAAUCAUGUAUACUCAAACCCUUGGAGGUGUAAGUGAGUGGUAGGGAGAGGAAGAACCCGUCCAUACUCCCAGAGCCCACGUGCCAAGUGGGCCUUGCCUGGGAAGCAAGGUAGAAAGCUUAGAAGCUGUUUUCUGCCAGGUAAGGCCCUCUCAGCAGGCAAGCUCUGGAAGGUUAAGGAUGCUUGCAUGAGAUCUUGCAGGGACUCAGAUGGCACUGUGAAAUCUUAUGCAAGCAUUCCUGAGCCAGCGCACUGAGCAGGCCUUAGACCUCAAGCAAAGCAGAGCUUAAAAGUUCUUUAUACGCCAGGUAACCCCAAGCAGACCUGGCACAAAGAGUGCCUUUAAAUUCUCUGCCUUGCUUGGAUUUGACUUGCACUAUUUCAGCACGCCUCCCUUCAGCUGCAUAUGGUUGAAAUCACGCCUUUUCAUGUCUGCAUCUUUAUUUCGAGAGUAUGGAAUAAGAUAGAGGGAUAUUAAGUGGACUAGGAUCUGGGUUAACAUCAGCCAUGAAAACUCACUGUAUGUGACCUUGAGCCAGCCACUGUCUCCGAGCCUUACCCAUCUCACAGGGUUGCUGUGAGGCAGCACCUUGAGCUCCUUGGAGAAAAGGUGGAAUAGAUAUAAUGCAAUACUGAUAAAUAAGGAGUGAACAAAACAAAAAUGUUUCUCUCCAACCUGCUUUUUCCUGCUUUUGAACUGGGGAAGGUGAGCUGGGUGUGGAAUAACGUGGGGAAAGCCUAUCAUAAAAAUCAAAGGAAAAACCGGAUCUGGGACACAAUCAGCAUAUUUAGGGCUACAAACAUUGGGCUUAAUGGGCAGGUCAUUCAGUAUGUGGCUGUCUGCUAGGACAAGCUUGCUUGGCUGGGGUGUGCAGGCAGGGUGCAAUCCAUGAUCCCAUACUGCAUAUAGACUCUGCAAGCUGAGCUUCUGCACCACCUGCUUUUUGUCCCGACAUCCUUCUUUUUGCGCCCAGUAGUGUUUGUGAACUGACCUCCUCUGUAGACUGCAAACAAGGUGGUCAGCUUGUGUGGGGACUGUACCACACUCCAGACCUCAGCAGGUGGUCCCAUGAUUGAAUGCCUUUUAAUAUCACAGAUGGGGAAAAUAGAAAAUACAGAUAAGUAUGGUAGAUGUUAAAGGAAGACAAGGCUGGAACUGUAAUUCCUUGACACUUCUUCUGUUUUUCUGUUUUGAAUUAUUUGCUAUCCAUGGGCGUUCAACCCAAAUGAACCUCCUCCGCCCCACCCCACCUUCUGAAAUGGUGCAGUUUACAAUAAAUUCCCCCACCACAAUGAGAGCUGGGACCCAACCAUUAUACCCUUUCUGAGACCUUGUGCUCUGCACACCCACUGUGAUAACAGUCAUAUUUCAGAGAGGUGGGCUGUAUUGAGGGCAGGAAGAGCCUCAAUUCCAGGCACCUGGGAAGCCACAUUUCAUCCACAGUACAGAAUGGAAACAAGCCCCCAGAAACUCCCAGUGGGUUGGUUGUUAUGCCAAGAAUGUAUGUGGCAGAGACAGUAUUAAAUAGUGGGAACCCUUUCUGAAUCUACCAGAACUUGGCAGUGCCUCAGAAGCCUUAUCUCCUUGUCAAGGGACAUUUGUUUAAUGUAGCCACUGAGUGCUGCUGGAUUCAGAAAGCUACUGACAUAUAAAAAGAAAGUCCUUCUUCAUGCAGUGCAUUGUUAAACAAUGGAGUUUUCUCCCACAGGAGGCAGUGAUGGCCGCCAACCUAGAGGAUAGGAUAGGGCUAUCCAUGGCUACUAGCCAUGAGGGCUGUGCUCAGCCUUCACGAUCAGAGGCAGCUCUGCUUCUGAAUACCAGAUUCUGGAAACCCAGGAGGGAGGAUGCUCUUGUGCUCGGGUCCUGGCCUCAUCCAGCAGGGCUCUUAUUAUGUUCUACCGUAUUGCCUCUCUUCUUAAGGUAAUUUACUCAGAGUAUUAGCCAUCUGUAAGUUGCUUGGGCCUCAUCCACUCAACUAACCCAUGGAGGUAUCAAAAUCAAUUGGGUCCUUCCCUAUAAAGACCAUUUAGAGAGUGAGAGAGGAGGGGGAAUCAUGUGUACGCUUCUCCCACCCACCUAGCUGCCCUUUUGUGUUCCAAACUGAUAUUCCUGGAUAUAUUAUGUAUUCACAAGAUAUGCAGGACUUUUAAAAGAGAGAAAAUCUAGUUGUAGUGUAUUGGUUAGGAGACUGAGUUCAGGACUGAGAAGCCCUCCCUUCAGACCUCACCUCAGCCACAAACUCAAUAGCUAGAUAUUAGUCUAAAGCUUUCCCCUUCCCCCAGUCAAUUUGCAAUAUCAGGUCUACCGCCCUGCCUUUCAGGAUUGUUGUAUGAUUUACAAGAUAAUGCAUGUAAGGCACUAUAUAAAUACUUACAAUUAUGCUUUCAAUUUUUAUCAUAUAUUUCCACGAGCAGUCUUUGAACUUUGCUAUGAAUCUUACCCUCCACUUGCUGAAAUAAUCCCCAAACACACAAUAUGCUAGUCUGGGAUCCAAAACAGUAGCUUUAUCCUUGAAGCCAAGCCUGCAGUUCCCCAUGUCAGGGCUGUUUUGAUGUUGCAAAUCUUCAGAGAAAAUGCCCCCCCCCCAUUUUCCUGCCUAGAUCUUGAAGGCAAGAGUCUGGAAGAGGACUGUUUCACUCCUGUUCCUGACCUCUUCUUGCCAGUUUUCUGUGCUUUAUGUUUAAUGACUCUCCCUCAUUAGAUGGAAACAGCUACUGCCUCUGGUCUACUGCCAAAGGUAGAUCAUCGCUGCCCAUAAUAUAUGCCUGUUAGGAUCUGCCAUCAUUGCCACAUCAUAACCACAUGACAGAGGCAGCAUUGUAUAAUGCUAUCUGCAAUCUGUGACUUACGAAAUCCUCACCUGUCUCAGAGAUAAACUGCUGAAAUCAAAGUGAGAGCACAGUGAUGUGUCAUGCAGAAGCAAAGCUGUGAGUAGGUGGUGGGGCUCUGCUGGUGAAUGUGGUGAUCACAUUCAGAUAAGGCAUGUUGGAGCCACGCUUUCUUGGUAGUUUUCACUCUUGAGUCUAUAGCUCUAGGACAGGGGUCAGCAAACUUUUUCAGCAGGGGGCCUGUCCACUGUCCCUCAGACCUUGUGGGGGGCCGGACUAUAUUUUGAAAAAAAUAUAUGAACAAAUUCCUACGCCCCACAAAUAACCCAGAGAUGCAUUUUAAAUAAAAGAACACAUUCUACUCAUGUAAAAACAUGCUGAUUCCUGGACCGUCCGCGGGCCAGAUUUAGAAGGCGAUUGGGCCACAUCCGGCCCCCGGGCCUUAGUUUGGGAACCCCUGCUCUAGGAUGUUCAACAGUCAUGAAAAUAAAAGAGGCGUUUGACUGCCACUGCAGCACUCUGAGAGAUUUAAAUGCCAUCCCCUGAGGAAGAGGAAGAAGAGAAGGUGAAGAAGAUAAAUGGCAUACAUGGUUGUUACCAAGGCUUUCAGUUUUGGGUUGCAAAACUGUGAGAUAUGGGGACAGUUGAUGGUGUGGAGGGAACAGAAAAUUCUAGUUCUAAAUGCUGUGGUGGUUUGCCGAAUGCCAAAGCUGGUGCUAGGAGGCGGUUUUUCCUUCUUUGUGAUGCAAUUUGUCCUCGCAAGAUAAUACUGUGACUGCAAAACACUAGACUGUUGGAGCUGGAGGUGCAGUUUGUGUAAUCCUCUGAUCAACAUCAGUUUGGAAGUCCAAUGAUCACUUCCAUUAAAGUCCCUGGAAGCCUUUUCAGAAGGACCCAUUUUUUAUUAGGAUGAAAUUUCCAUGUGCCUGAGGGGGCAGAGGCUCAGGCAGGGCACAGAGUCGUCCAACAUGGGGAGGAAACAGCCCCACGUGGUGCCCCGUCCCCCGUCUCCAGGUUGAUUAUGCCAACACGCGUUGUCCUCUCCCUUUCCCCUUGCAGAAGAAAAAGCAUCAAGGCUGAAUGUGAAAUGUAGGGUUUUUUUACACAGUGUGAUGCUUCCAUGAGAGAGCCUGUGGUGGAAACAAAUGAAAUUUGUCACCUCAGAGAAAACCCUUCAAAACAAAACGUCUGUGUUUGAUGGAGGCAGGGAAUGGCUGCUGCCUUCACCUCCCGCUCAUGGGUUUCAAGGUGGAAUUUGGCAGACCAAAUUGUUGGUGGGGAAAUGAGCCCUCGGUCUAAUCCUGCUCUUGUGGUCAUACCUUCUUAUCAUACAACAUAGUUUAACACACUACAUAAUUAGUAUGAAGAAUGACCUGCACUAGCAAAGGGUCUCUUCCUAAAGCUAAAAGGCACCCAUCAGAAAGAAGUAGUGGAGCCAAGUGGAUAUGUAUGCCAAGGAUUAUCUACAAAACCAGGCACACUGCCUCCGAUUUUUUAUUACAUUGUGUGUGUGUGUGUUUUCUGAUUACCCCCAUCAGGUGGGAUCUUUAUAUUUACAUCACGGUUUGGGGACCAAAUUCUACCCUGCCCCUCAACGGCAUAGUCUUUACUUAGUAAAGAAAAGUUUUAUUAAGUGCCUCAGAGUAGUAAUUACAGGGGUAAGGAGAGAGUUGAUGGGAAACGACUCUUAACUUAGAUGAGAUGGUGUGCACCUGGAUCUAAAUGGCUCUCACACACCAUCUCUACAAUGGACCAAAUUGCAGUCCCAGCUUUAGCAAAUUCAAACUCAUUUCUUGCUUUUGCUCCCUGUUUCAUCGCUUUCUUAGUUGUUUCUGUCGUGGGUGGAUUUAAAAAAAUUUUUCCAGACCUGGGCUUUAAUUCUCCACUGCAGUGCAUCUACAGAAUUGCUGGUGUGCAGAUUUGUUGGGAGUUUUGAAAAGCAAUGGGAAGGCCUCCCAAGUCUAGCCCUAGAAAUGUUUCUGCUGGAGGGGAAAAUCAAGAUGGAAAGAUGGAGCUGAAUGUUACUUCAGUGCUGGUACUCCACUGCAUCUGAAGCAGCAUGGUAGUUUGGUGCAGCUAGGACAAACUGUAGCUUACACCAACCAAUGGGGAAUGCCCAGCAUGCUUAGGAUGAAUAGCCACGAGCUGUCCCAAUAUUUGUCACUUGGGGCUUCCAUCUCACUUCCUAACAAUAGAGCUGGUCAUGCUAAGGGGUAGAGGUUGAAGGAGCCUUGAUCUUCUCACUGAUGAAUCUGCUUGCCUCCCUGAAAACACUUGAUUUCAUGUCUCAGUGAAGCCCCAAUACAACACAUGAGCUUGCCUUCCCCCUAGUCAGUGGGAGUCUCUGCAUGUACAAUGUGAGAUCAAAACCAGCCUUAAGGACUGUGCAAUAUCAGAAAGAAAACAGCUGCACAGAUUGUUUUUUAUUCCCAACUUGUGUUGAUACACAAUAUUUUUUUCGGAGGAGCAGGGAAUCUUAUAUGCAAAUGCAAACAAACAAAAAUACCCAGUAUAUACCCUGUUUUAAUUGAAAUUGUUGGCAUUAUUCAUUACUAGUGGUUUUAUUCUUUGUUGAGGCUCAGCAAUUUAGGGCUCCCCAUAAGGGUGGGAAUGCUGAGUGUGCAUGUUCAUACAAUAUACCGGUAAACAGAAUAUAUAAAAUAUUCUGAUAUUGUAAUAGGAUAAAAAUUAUAUCCUCUGAAAAUUAAGUAUUUGGAAAGCACCUGAAAAACAUAUUCAAAAGUUUGCUUCUUUAAAAAAAAAUGGAAGAAAAUCUUUAUAUUUUGCUUCUGAAAGACUUGCCUCCAACAGGAGAAAAGUCAACACUUACUCCCUUUGCAGUCCCUUCUUUUGGUAUGUUCAGCCUGUGCCAUCAGUCCACAAAGCUAUUAACCUUUCCCCUUGGUCCCUUCACCUUCCAGAGUUGAAGCUUAAGGCACAAGUAAGCUCCAAUAUCUUUCAUUUCCCAUAAGCUAUUCUCAGAGAGAAUCAAGGGAGCAGGCAGGAUGUAACAUCGAACUUGCAAUCACAUCAACUGGUGGGGGCAGGGAGCCAUUUUUGUUGGUGCUCUAAAACACAAGGUGGCGAGAUUUACCCUCCACAGUUUCAAAACUGUUGUGUCUGGGAGACCAGAUUCCAUUGCCGCAAGUUGAAGUUUUGCUUUUGAUGUUAAUGGCAUCUUUAGGGUGGGGGUGGGGGUCUCAUUGUGACUGCAGCAGGGAAGGAAAGGGCUCCCCAACGAAAACCUCUCCUGUUCACACACACAUGCACACAAACCUGCCAGUGAUGUGUUUAAAAUCAUGGUCUGUUUUGGCACUGAGACAAACUCCAAAUCAUCAACUUUCUUUGAUGGCGACUUCCCUCCAUACUGUGUUAUGGCCUUGUUUCUCUGGGUACCAUAUUGUUUUUGCAAGUGUUUUUUUCUGGGUACCAUGUUGAGUUCUUAUAGAGUAAGUCAGUGGAGAAUUAGCACCCCCUGCCACCCAUUCAGAGACUGCAACUGCAGCUCUCUUGCUCCCUUGUGCCUUUUAUGUCAUUUGUGUCGAAGCAAGAGAACCACACUGUCCUACUGUUUCUAUAUUGCACCCUGGUUAUUUAAUUUAGAUCCUCAUACUCUUGCAUGAAAUAAAACGUUGGCCAAGGAAAAGGCUGCUACCAUCUGUUGCUCCAUAGCUUGCCAGCAGUCUGCUUAGCCACGCUUUUGCUUUCCUUAUGUUUUUUUUAAAAAAUCCAUAUCAGCAUUUCCACAUUAUUAUUACUAUUAUUAUUAGUCUCCUGCUCAACAUUCUAGAUGAGAGCCUUGCACAAUGGAAUGAAAUGCCAACUCUCAAUAGCCAUCUGCAGGAAAUGUGGGGACCAGCCACUUGCAGAUUUAAUCUUAGCUUAUUUGUCUGCCUUUGAUGGUGGUUAGGACUGGUAUGAACUAAGAGUGUCCUGUAUUCUCAUUCAACCUGUGUGACAUGCAUAUUAUUAUUAUUGUUAUUAUUAUUAAUUAUUAUUGUAAUAAUUAAAAAUAUCAAUAAGAUUUCCUAGCGGAUUGUUUUCUACGUAGAUGUCUAAACUGUAUGUAUAAAGAUUUUAAAUUUUUGCUGCUGUUGCAUUUUUUCCAAAGUCCCCCCCCCCCGUUUGUCUCCAAAUUCUCUGCCUGCCAAGACAAUCGUAUAAAUCAAAUGUUAAGUGUAUUGUACUGCAUUAUGCUAAAGGAAUGAAAUGUUUUUGUACAGGGUUUUUUUCCCCUUUUAUGUACAGUAGUUGUUGUGUUGACAGGGAGGAGAGUCGUCGUACUAGUCUGAGAUCUUUGUUUCUGAUCAUCACAAUUCACAGCUGGAUUGAAAUUGUGUUUCUUUGGUAAGAGUUUGCCCUUUUGUCUGAGUCCAUCCACAUUCUUCUGACUUUGAAAUAACCAACUUUGCCUCAACCCCGGACUUUUGCCUGAUGUGCACAGUAAAUCAAGUUACUUAAGAAGAAAUGCAAUGUUUCACCACUUCGCAACUGAUCUUCCCAGUGUAUCGAAAGUC